AUGUCAGCCGAUGGAUUCUGGUUAUUCGAAGGGUUAGAAGAAGAGCCGUAUGGUCUUCUUCCUCUUGUUAACCUCUCUGGAAAGGGUGGUCCAACCAGCACAAAGUAUGUGGAUAGAAUCGGGUCAUACCAAUGGUAUCUCAAUGACGAGACAGCUACAAUUCUAGUUCCCGGAGCCCCGGUUGAAUCGUUCUAUUGGCCAGGUGGCAAGUUGAUGCAAGAUCAUGGAGUGGUUAUUUAUGACGUCAAUCAUAUGAAAGUUCGAGAAGGAUCUUUGGACGCCAUCAUUAUCGCUGCUCGUCUGCUCAGCGAAAAGAAAAAGAAGCCAAUCGAUUUCUCUCAAUUCCAUUUUAUCACUGACGCUAUCAAUCUUCAAAAGAUUUUUGCUUUCUGUAAUGAAGCCGGAGAAGGAUUGUUCCGUAUCGACUGUGAACGUGUCGGAAAAACUGUUCUGCUCACCAGAAUGGAAGCAUCUGACUUGAUGGAGAUCGGGCAUGUCACAUUCGAUCAAAACCUGAAAUCUCGAAUGACUCGUCCACGCGGCGCUCAUUCAACGGGUCCAUUCUUCCAACUGGUCGCUUAUCAAUAUGGUCAAUUCAGAAUUCUCGUUAGAUACGAAGUCGAUUGUGCUGAUUAUGCAGCUGUCAAAUCUACCCCAGUUCCAGUGGACAAGUCGGAAGUGUUGCCGGAGAAGACAAAAAGUGAUAUCAAUCCGGAAAUCGAGAUUGUCAACUAUGGAGAAGUACCACAUGAUGUUCCACUUCAAGUCCUUACUACUUAUCCACAAGGAGCCGGAUUCCCAUUCUUUACUUGGGCACAACUAUUUUUCACCAAUGCCAAUCAUGAGCUUCUCGGAUGGUUCAAGGGAAACGGAGACUUUGGAAAACCAGCAAUCUACACUCUCCAAGAUGUCUCCAAAAUGAUGAAACCCUUGCCACUCGUCUCAUUGAGCAAAGUUCAUGACUGCCUCGACAAAGUUUACAAAUUCCUGACAAAGAACGAUGAUAAUUUCCGAUGUGGACUCGUGUGGAAAGGAAAAGCUCAUCUUGAGAUUUUUGCGAAACACGAGGAAGCAACCGGAGGUAUCAGCAAAGGAGUUCGCGAUUUCCUGGCAACACAAUGCAAAGACGAUGAGCCAGAAGAGCAGAAAUAA